AUGCCGCCGGCGCUCGAGCUCCUCUACACGAUCGCGCCGUGCGUGCUCGCCCUCCCCAUCCUUGCCCUCGCACUCCCGGCUGCCCCUGCGCCGGCCGAGAUCCCUGGCAUCCGCGCAGUGACGGUCAAGACGAUCACACCCCGGCGAACGUUCAUCACCCUCACCCUCGGCGCGAUUGCCCUAACCUACGCGCUUGGAGCCGCGUUGCUUGUCGUUGACCUCAUCCUCAAACACGAACAUGGGGCGUGGUUUUUCGGCGCCGCGGCCGGACAUGCAUUGGGAGGCUUUGCGGAUUAUUCAUUGGCGGCUAUUCUGGCGGAAUGGCGAGGACGAUGGGGCAGUCGCUGGCUCCUGCUCCUCGCUCUACUUGGUUUUGGGUUCGACGUCCCGAUCCUGGUUCUACAAGUGAUCCGCGAAAUCCACGCCGGCGAUGACGAACACGUCUUGGCCAUCCUCAGCCUCCCUCUCACAGCCCUCCGACUACUCCUGCUCCCCCUUCUUGUUGUUCUUGUUCUCAAUCCCGUCGUCCGCUUCCAGGCUGCCGACGAGAACACUGGUCUCCUCGCCGCCGAAGAGGAGGCACCAUCCCGCCCCUCCAACGGGUACGGCACGUUUGACAGCGACCAGGACGCGUCGACGACCAGAGAUCCGUCGGUCGCACCUGGAACCCCGCAACCACCGCAAAAGAAGCCAAUAACAAAGAAGCUCGGAGAAAAGAAGGUCGAGGAGACGCAAGGGCUAUCAUGGAGCGCGUUCUGGUCGCGUAUCUGGAAGCUGCGUGGGCACCUCUGGCCAUCGACCAGCUGGCGCCUGCAGCUCUACUGCUGGCUGUGCGUGGCGCUUCUUGGCGUAGGUACGCUCGUGUUCGCCUACACGCCGAUCAUGCUCGGCCACUUUGUCGAUGUGCUCUCCGACAUCGAGAACGGGCGUCGCGGCGAGUCGCCUUGGAAGUGGUUCGUCAUGUGGAUUAUACUGAGGGCCGUUCAAGGCGGCGGGUUCGUCGGCUUCUUCCAGCGCAUGCUCUGGGUACCCGUCCAGCAGUACGCGGACCGGGAGAUGCAGAUGCUGCUCUUCAACCACCUACUCAACCUGUCGCUCAAGUUCCACACGAAGCGCAACACAGGCGAGGUCCUCAAGAUCAUCGACCGCGGGUCAGCCAUUAACAACCUCCUCCAGACCAUGCUCUUCUCGGCUGCGCCUACGAUCAUCAACAUUGUCGUUGCCGUGUUCAUCUUCUUCGCUCUGUUUGGCGGGUGGCUCGCGGUCGUGCUCAUCGUCGUCAUGACGACAUACGUCGUCUUCUCGAUCGUCUUCACGGGUUACCGCACCAAGUUGAGGCGCGAGAUGAUUGAGCGCGACAUCAAGACUCGGGGUAUCGCCUCUGACGUCCUUGUCAACUGGGAGAGCGUCAAGUACUUCACCGCUGAGGCGCGCGAGUCGCGUCGAUUCCAUGACUCGGUCCUGUCGUACCAGCAGACCGAGUACAGGGUGCUCUUCAGCUUCAAUGUUCUCAACCUCAUCCAGUCAUUUAUCAUCACUAUCGGUCUUCUGGCCGGCUCGCUCAUCAUCGCCAAUCGUAUCUACUACGGUACGGCGACCGUGGGCAACUUUGUCCAGUUCCUCCAGUACCUGCAGCAGCUGUACGCGCCGCUCGACCGCCUCGGUACGCUGUAUCGCCAGCUGAAUGCGAACGCGACCGACGCCGAGAAGCUGUUCAACCUCCUCGGUCAGGAGGUCGAGAUCACGGACGCACCCGACUCCGAACCGCUCGUCGUCACCGACGGCGUCAUUGAGUUUGACAAUGUGUGCUUCUCGUACGACGGUGAGGUGCAGGCACUCAAAGACGUCUCGUUCCGCAUCGGCAAGGGCGAGAGCAUGGCGCUCGUCGGUGAGUCGGGCUCGGGCAAGUCGACAAUCCUCCGCCUCCUGUACCGCUUCUACGACAUUGACUCGGGCACGAUCAAGAUCGACGGCCAGGACAUCUCCAAGGUCACACAGAAAAGUCUGCGUCAAGCCAUCGGUAUUGUCCCCCAGGACUCGGUGUUAUGGAACGACACGAUCGGCGCCAACAUCUCGUACGGCAAGGAGGAUGGUGCCGAAGACGAGGAGAUCAUCGCGGCCGCACAGGCUGCCAAGCUCCACGACCGCAUAUUGACCUUCCCGGAGGAGUACGACACGGUCGUUGGUGAGCGUGGCGUGCGCCUCUCUGGUGGAGAGAAGCAGCGCGUCUCCCUCGCCCGCAUGUUCCUCAAGUCGCCCGCGAUCCUCGUGCUGGACGAGGCGACGUCGGCCCUCGAUACGGAAACGGAGCGGGAGAUCCAGCGCUCACUUGCGGAACUCGCCGCGAAUCGUAGCUCGCUGUCUAUUGCGCACCGUCUGUCGACCAUUAUCAACUCGGACCAGAUCGUCGUCAUGAAGAACGGCGCCGUCAUUGAGCAGGGCACAUACCACGAUCUCAUCGAGAGGGGCGGACAGUUUGCGGCCAUGUGGCGUAAGCAGAUCUUCACCGAAGAGGAAAUGAUGGCCGAGACGGAGGCUCUUGGGCCUGGCGGGCUCGUGUCCGUCGCCACCGCCGACGGUGCAGUUGUGCUCGCAGCUGGUACAGUCGACGACGACGGGACGCUGCACAUCCGGCGAGUGAGUCCGCCGAGCACCGUGCAGGAGAGUGAGGGAAGCGUAAGCGAAGCGGACAAGGAGGACGACCUCGCGACGACCCCACGCAGUCCUGGGAUCCAAGGCCCCAUGACAUAUGCGCAGAUUGUCGUUGCCCCGCCCGAUACCGACCUGCCCGAGUCGCUACAGCAGGACUCGGAGCCCGCGUCGCCCGCGUCGCCGGGGUUGCAGCCAGCGUCGCCCAAGUUGGAACCGGCGUCACCCGAGCCGGAGUCUAAGCCUACCAUGUCCUCGCAGCCCAAGCCCUCGCAGAGGCCCCAGCCAUCAUCUCCCAAGCUCGAGGGCGAGCGUGAGCGCUCACCCACGCCGCGCGCGUCGUUCCCGGGGGCAGCGUUCCCCGGCACGUCUACAGCCUUCCCCGGCGCGUCUGCCACGCCACCCCUGACGCGCUCGAGCUCGAGCAACUCGGCGAGUGCGCAGCGCCAGGAGGACGUGCCGUCGGCCGGGUCGUCGGACCGUGGCGAGAAGCGUCGCAAGAGACUGAGCUCCAUCAAGGGGUUUGUGCGCCGGAUGAGCGACAAUGGCCGGCCGGGAAAGCUGAAUCGCUCGACCAGCGCGGCAGGGAGCAACCGCAGCGGCGACUCGGAAGGGGAGCGCAGCAAGCGCAGCUCGCUGGAUGUCCCCAGCAAGCGCAACUCACUGGAUGUACCCAGCAAGCGCACCUAG